AUGUCUCUCCAAGAAAAGUUCGACGCCGCUGUUGAGAUCAUCCAGAAACUCCCAAAGACUGGACCAGUCAGUACCACCAACGAACAAAAGCUAACAUUCUACUCGCUGUUCAAGCAGGCCACAAUCGGAGAUGUGAACACCGAUAGGCCAGGAAUUUUCUCGAUCAUCGAGAGAAAAAAGUGGGACUCAUGGAAGGAGCUAGAAGGAACCUCGCAAGACGAUGCUAAACAGCGUUACAUCAAGGCUCUCAACGACAUGUUCGACAAAAUCGCCGAGGAACUUGACGUCGCUGCUUGGCUGGAACAAAUCGAUCCAGUGAUCAAGACAAACCUCGCUCUCAUUGGGAAGUGA